AUGAACGACCCAAAAGCUGCAGCACCGCAGCAGCAGCAGCAGCGCUGGUGGCAUUUCUUUAAGCGCAAGUCUGCUGCUCCUCCAGAUCCGAACGACCCCGUGGCUCAGCAGGAGCUGCUGCGUCGGUCGCACCUGCGUUGCGUGCUGCCUUCGUACAUCGUGCUGCUGCUGCUGCUGCUGCUGCUGCUGGGCGAGACGGCGCGGUGUAUCUACAGCUCGAUUCUGCAGCAGUGGGUGGAAGAAGCUGUGCUGCACUUGAACAAAGAAACAGGAGCUUAUUUAGAAUACCAGCAUGCAUUAUUUUCUGUCUUUUCCUCCAAGCCGGCCUCCUUCUGCUACGGCGACCUGGUGCGGGCCGCGCAGCAGCAGCAGCAGCAGCAGCAGCAGCAGGAGGAGGAGUUUGGCAGCAGCGAGCGGGCAGCGCUGAUGGAAGCUGUGAAGGCCUUCGCCCCCUCUCUUUGCAUUUAUCGAAAAGACUUGUAUUUCUUUGAAGAGCCCUCGGGAGAACUUUUGGGAAAUUCUUUUUCGGAAAUAACAAAAGUGGUUUACAGCUGCGGGCGGGAGCUGGCGGCGCUGCUCGCUCGGGUGUCUAGACACCUCCCCCCCAGGGUCUUCAACUACACCCAACGCAAAGUUCAGUUCAUUGACAAAGUUUUUGGAUUAAUUGAAACCAACAAAACUUCCAAAAACCACUGGUGUGCUGCUGCUCUAGACGACCAGGAAGUCCAGCUCAUUCACAACACAACAGUUGAGCUCGAGGCUCUCAACAACACCAUCAAAAAGCAAAGAAUUUUGGGCCGCCUAAAACUCAUUUGUGGCAUUCAGUCCAUCUUAGUUGCUUCCGAAGCUCCGCCUGCGCUGAUGCAGAUGAUGCGGAUGAUGGAGGCGUCGAUCCACCAGGCCCUGCAGCAAAGCCACACUGCUGCGCUGCAUGUGGGGCUGGAGCUGCAGUCUUGUGUUGACACAAAAGAAAUAAUUCCGAUUCGAACUCUUCUCGAUGGCUGCCUGGAGGUCUACAGACACGAACUCAGGGCCAGAGGUCAGCCCCCACUAGCAGCAGCAGCAGCAGCAGCAGCAGCAGUUGAAGUUGCCUACUAG